AUGCCUCAGAAGGAUAUGGUGGUAUCUGAUAACGAUACCCUUCAAUCCGCCUGCUUUGGUCGACCGUCGAUGAUUAGCAUUGACGACUUUGAUCUUCCAGACAUGUCGGCCCAGGUCUUUUGUCACUUGACAAAGCUUUGUCCAUUGAUCAAUGGGGUUCAUCGGAAAGAGUACAACCGCGUGGUUUCUGAGCUUCAUGUCUUCCAUCUCGCCUGUAUAGUUCUUAUAUACCUUCUACCCGGCACACACCGGCAUACGUUCCUUCUCUGCAAAACGGCGAUUGUUGCGUCGUCCUGCGUAGCCCGUCUAUACGAGUCCAUGCUCUACCGCGAGGACGUGCCGCGUCUACUCUCUAUCCACCGAUGGGUAAGUCUCGUGGUGGCCGUCCCACUGAUCUACUGUUCGAUCCUCUUCUCCAAUGGCGAGGUCGACUCCCCCGAGGAACUGGCGAUUAUUCGUUCUGUGUCUGCGCAACUGAGCAAAAACUCACGCUCUAUCCACAUGGCAGCGACAAGAAUCAACCAAUUGCCGCAAGAUAAAAGACACUUGGGUAGUCUGAGUCUUGACGCAGGCCAAGUGAGAUAUUCCACGGGGUGCUUCAGCGGUCUGGAUUGUCUCGCGGCUGUUUCCGUAUCCGCGGAGUCUUUGUCGACAAAGAUGAAGCUUCUUAAGGACGAGACGUUGGACAGAUCACCCAGUUUCGACUCGUUGGAGUCUAUUCUCCAUGACCUGCCCUGGAAUCUUGAAGCAUGGCCCCUUGGAGAAAUGAAUGAGUUUGAUCAACUGGGGGGGAUACUGGGUGGAUAG